UUAUAUAUAUUUACAGCCUAUCCCUUCUCCCUCAUAUUCACUUCCCAUAUUCAACUUCCUCUCUUAGAGCUGAAUUCUUAACCACACAAUGGCUUUCUCUUCAUACUCUAAGAUCUCCCUUCUGGUUUUUUCCUUGUCUAUGUUUGUCUGUUGUGCUCUGGCUCAUGAUUAUUCAAUCGUGGGUUAUUCACCGGAGGACUUGACAUGCUUGGACAAAAUCUUAGAACUAUUCGAGUCAUGGCUGUCUAAACACGGCAAGACUUAUAGGAGCAUCGAAGAGAAGUUGCAUAGGUUCGAGGUAUUCAAGGAUAACUUGAAGCACAUUGAUCAGAGGAACAAGGAGAGUUCAAGUUACUGGCUUGGGUUGAACGAGUUUGCAGACUUAACCCACGAGGAGUUCAAGAACAAGUAUUUGGGAUUGAAACCCGAGCUGCCCAGAAGAAGAAGCUCCUCCAAAGACUUCAAUUACAGAGAUGUGGAGGAUCUGCCCAAGUCUGUGGAUUGGAGAGAGAAUGGAGCUGUUACUCCUGUUAAGAAUCAGGGUUCAUGUGGUAGUUGUUGGGCAUUCUCAACUGUUGCAGCCAUUGAGGGCAUAAACAAGAUCGUGACGGGUAACUUAACGUCGUUGUCGGAGCAAGAGCUGAUUGACUGCGACAGAUCCUUCAAUAGUGGCUGCAAUGGAGGUCUCAUGGAUUAUGCAUUCGAGUUCAUCAUCUCAAAUGGAGGACUGCACAAGGAGGAAGACUACCCAUAUCUAAUGGAGGAAGGCACUUGUGAGGAGAAUAAGGAAGAAACGGAGGCAGUGACAAUAAAUGGUUAUCAUGAUGUGCCACAAAAUGAUGAAGUCAGUCUUUUGAAGGCACUGGCUCACCAGCCUCUUAGCGUAGCCAUUGAUGCUUCUGGCCGAGACUUCCAAUUUUACCGUGGGGGGGUAUUCAAUGGACAUUGUGGAACUGAGCUUGAUCAUGGAGUAACAGCAGUUGGAUAUGGGUCAUCAAAGGGGUCAGAUUACAUCAUUGUGAAGAAUUCAUGGGGACCAAAGUGGGGAGAGAAAGGGUACAUACGGAUGAAGAGGAACACUGGAAAACCUGAAGGGAUAUGCGGCAUCAACAAAUUGGCAUCGUAUCCUACCAAAGAGAAUUGAUCUAGCAAUAUCCUCUCAUAUCAGCUUUCCCCCCCUGCUUUUCCUUUACAAGAUUGAUGAAUAUGUAUGACUUUCUUAUGUUCCUGCAUUAAUAAAAUGUCAGACAAGUUCUCUAGAAA